AUGACGUCCAUCAAACAGCUUCUAUUGGACAUCCAGGCACCGGAUAACGCGCGGAUCAAGGCCGCCGAGGCCCAACUCGACUCAUUGACCUCACCUGAACACGCCGCCAACUUUGCUCUAGCUCUCAUCUCUGAAUCAGACGACGGGUCCAACCCCUCGGGAACACGACAACUGGCCCUGCAGCUGCUACGACGAGUCAUCUUGAAGACCUGGUCGAUUGCGUACGAGGAGUUUGGAGGCUACCCGCUUCCCGAAGAUGUCAAGAGCCGGGUGAAAACUGCACUCAUUGGCCCUCUGUUGGCCGACCACGACACCCAGAACCUGGCGGCCCAGUGCCUGGCCAAAAUCGCCUUCUGCGAGUUCCCAGACGAAUGGCCCACUCUUAUUGACCAGGUGGUCCAAUUGAUCGAGUCCGGAACCGCACCCAUGGGCGGACUGCAACUACUGAAAGAACUAUUUGCAGACACACUGUCGGAGAUCCAGUUUUUCGGCAUUGCUAACCAGAUUAUGACCAUGCUACACAAGGUGGUCGCUUCGUACCCUCGAAACGACGUCAAGUGCGAAGCUGUCGCUGUUCUGCGAGUGUCUACGAACUUCUUCGCCAUGACAGACACUAACAACGAAACUGUGUACCACGCCAUUCAGGGCUGGUGCCAGCUCUUCGUGCCUAUCUUGCAGCAAGAUAUCAACAAAGACGCGUACUCUCUCAACAAAGAAAUCGUGCUGGCUCUGCAGGACUUCCGGAACUUUGCCCCGAAGCCUUUCGCCGAAUGCAUCUUGCCAGUAUUCCAGGCAUGCUUGGAAACCCUUCAAAAGGCAGCCAACGUCUACAGACAGACUCUGGAGAAUCCGGACGACGAGCUGGUCGCAUUUCUGGCCCAAUUGCUGCUGUUUAUUGACAUUGCAUCUUCCCAAACUGCUGUGGCCACCAACAUCAAGUCGUCGUACAUGGAGGAAUGGACACACGCCAUUCACAAGUGUGCUACUCUGUCAGGCCCCAAGAUCGAGUCCUGGGAGGACUUUAACGUGUUUGUGACGGAAGAAUCGGACCUGUUUCUCGGUACCUCGCUCAGAUACAACGCUCUGCAGGUGAUUGAGACCUGGUGUGAGUACAUCAACAUUAACUGGAACGUGCCCCAUAAUAACUGGCUGGACGUGGAGUCCUGGUUGUAUCUCUGUAACGGAAAGGCAGGCCUUCCUGACCUCGUUGCUCAAAGUGCUACUUCUAAUGAACCUAUUCUGAGAGCUAGAGCUUACCUGUGUGAUCCUUACACUUGCCAACCUGAUGAUCCAAGCGAUCUGGCCGCCUGUGCAUCUCUAUUGGCGCUCAUCAAGGACUCUACUCCUGAUGUGAGUGCCCCUACUAUUGUCCAAACAGUGGCUAGACUUGCUCCUGACGCUGAUGACGAUACUCCAGCAGUUCUUUGUGAAGCUCUGGUAGUGGCAGUCAGAAAGCAGCCCAAUGUGCCCAAUGUGAUCCCCCUGCUGUUCGAUAUCGUUGAAGACGACGUGGGUAACGUGCAGACUGGAGAACAGGUGACUUCGGCCAUUGACCACAUGUCCCGUGACGUUUCUGAACAGGACUACCUCUCUAUCGCCGAACAAUGUGCCCCCUAUAUCACAAAGUUCCUCAACCAGGCGGAGGGAGGCUAUACUUCUGCAUCUGAGACUGCCAUGGACGUUCUGACCAAUCUUAUGAACAACUCCCCUACCGAGGUUCUUCCCCAUGGGUUUGUGAACCUCUUUUUCCCUGCUCUGAUUCCCUUUUUGCGUUCUGGCGACGCUGAUGUGCUUCAAUCAACUACCACAGUUCUUCAGGUUCUGGUUGAGCGAGCUUCGGCUGAAAUCGCUGCGUACAAGGUCGGUAACGAGUCAGGAGGACAAGUUGUUGUGCAGUAUAUUGCACACUUGCUCAACCCUGCCCUGGGAGAUAAUGCUCCUAUUUUCAUUGGCAAGCUCAUCACGACUGUUAUCGACAAAUACCACAAUGAGCUGGGUGCUAUCAGCACAGAGAUUCUGGAUGCUACUGCCAGACGACUGGGAACUGCCGACAAGCCUCUGCAAGUCACAAACUUGAUUCUCGUCUUCUGUCAUUUCAUCGAAGAGUCGCCCGAGAGUGUGGUGAAUCUGCUUGCCGAUAUGAAGCUUGAGACUCCCAAGGGUGUCCAGACCGGUCUGGAGGCUCUGUUGAAGAACUGGUUUGAGAAGUUCAUUUACUCGUCAACUUCUUCUCUCCCUUCUGUGACUGCUCUUGGUUCUCUGUUCAAGCUGCAAGACCCCCGAAUCAUGGAGAUGAUUGUUGAUGGCCGUCCUCUUCCUGUGGAGGCCGGCGUGGUUGUCACUCGGUCCAUGGCCAAGCGAAUGCAGACCUACGAGCAGAUUUCGGCACAGCAGAAGAUCAUAGAGAUGCUGAUUGAGGAUCUCAAAUCGUGCGAAAACGACAUUAAUCGACAGGAGCAGGAGUCAAACGCAGGCGGGCAUGCGGUGCCAGUGGAAGAGGUGGACGAGGGAGACGACGAGUGGGAGGAACUCGAUGGACUGGAUGAGUUAGUUCACUGGGCUCAGAAUGAUGCCAAGGCGGAUUUGGUUGAUAACAAGGAGACCAUGAGUGUCCUGAAACAGUUUUUCCAGACCGUAGCCGCUAACAAUGUGGGAGGGUUCUAUGAGAUUUGGCAGAGAUUGACACCCCAAGAGCAGGCUGUGGUGGAGAACAUUGCCAGAUAA